AUGUCCACGGAUCACGUCAUUGGACGCACUAUGGGCGAAAUGCGAUUCUACCAAGGAACUUGUCAUAUGCUGGAGACAGAACUGUAUCAGCAAAAGCGCGUCAGGGUUACCAGGAAGGUCAACCAACGGAUACGUGGAGGUUUCAGUUUUGCUGCUCCAGACGCUGAGAAUUUUAACCAGUUGCGGCCCGACGCUGCAAUGACCAUGCGUUACCGUCCUAGAGAGAGAUUAAACAUGCACAAUGUUUUUCCCGCGCCUCAGCUGAACGAGCUGAACGAGGCUAUAUUCGCCAAGGCAGGGCUGUAUAUGCCAAGGCAGACUAGAGUCCGCAAAAAAUCCCCCUGUGCCUUAAGAAGAGAGGUACUGGCUCCCAUUCAUGGAUCUACUGCAGUACCCCGCUCCUCUAUGAGGACUGAGGACUAA